AUGCCGAAAAAGAAUAUCCAGGCCCUUUUUGCGACCGUAAGCGGUAAUAGACACGAAAGCAACGGACUGCUUGCAUCGCGAUUCAAGUACACGUUCGCUUAUGUGGUCGCAGUGCCUCCUGAAGUGGCCAACCUGACCCUGGUAGCAGUCGAGGGCGACUCGUUCACCGCGACGUGGGAGCGACCCGAGGGCCGCUUCGACUACUACUGGAUCGAGGUCAUUGACGAUGGCGGGGGUACCGCAGGCACUAACGCAGAACCGCACCGCGUCGGCACAUGCACCAACGGCACCAUCAUACACCCGGACCAGACGCAGGUCACCUGCGGGCACAUUGAUGCCUGUUCCAACGUGAGCCUCAAUGUGCGAACCCACGUCACUGGACCGCCUGGACGCACGUCAGCGGCCGUCACCCUGCCGGGAAUCUUCAUACCGGGAAAAUAUCCACAUCCUCCCAAGAACAUCACUGUGGCCCCUGAGUCGCCUUCGCAGAGCAGACUUUCCUGGGAACCCCCGACCACGUACAACGGCGUGCUCGACCAAUACGCAGUGAAAGUCUGCUACACUUACGAUUCCUGCGAAGCCGCUGCGGACGUCUCCACUUGCAGGGAUUACGACACGGCUGUUACGUCACUGCACUUCGAGAGCACCGUGGACACGUCGUACUGUGUGCUUAUAACGGCUAGCGCCCGUUGUGGUAGCCAAGUCUUAAGAAGUUCUACUGAGGCUGCCGAAAUUCGGACCCCUUCUUUCGCACCAGGAGACUUCACGAUAUCUGCCACCGCACCCACUCCCAGGUCUGUGGAAGUCGAGGUGUUCGUGCCUGAAGUGAAAAACGGUGCCUUGGACAAGUGUUAUGGCACGAUACGUGGCCGCGGAACUGAACGGGAGUUUACCUGCAACGAUCGCGAUGGCAAAUCGACCACGGUUACACUAUACGAAAUGGAACCUGAAACCGAAUACAACGUCACUGUUACGUUCGCUAACAUGUACGACGGCCGAGAGAUGGCCACACGGAAAUGGAUUUCUGUCGCAACGCCUUAUGAACCAAUUGAACGAGACUGGAACCAGGACACCUGGAAUCCUCCGUCGCACGAUCGACCCUACGUGGCCGCCGGCGUGACUGUACUGCCGGCACCGGGAGCAUUCUUAUUGUGUGCAGCAACUAUUCUAACGCUGAUUCAGCUAGCGUUACAGCAUUAUUGAAUGCGCCAACGAAGAGCGCCCGCUGACGUCAACAAGGUGACAGCUUAUUGUCAUCGAACUCGCACGCGGCUGUGUCCACAGGUAGCAGCCCUAAACGCUGGCCACGCUUGCAAGGUGUCAGGUGAUUAGGGGAUCGAGUGAAAGAAUUUGCUGUCACUGCUGCGGCUUGCAGUUCCAUUAUAUGUAGGAUGCAGGCACUACGUGUGGGCAUGUACGUUCGCGAUCUGAUACGCUGCCAAAGACAAAAAAGGUUACGCAGUCAAAUUUAUUGAUGCAAUUCUGUGGAUAUCGAACAAUGAUCGUACGCGUAACUUAUGUGGCGUGGUCACCUUGCGCGCUUUUGUGUUUAUUCACAGCACUGACUGUGUCUCCUGAUAUAGUCAUAUCUAUGUCAGCUGUCGUCUUUUAUUCAACACUACAGUUUUUGUUGUUAGUGUAUUUUUUGUGAAACUUACUGCUUCACUGGCAACUGCAGUGUAAAUACACUCGAUUUUAUUUUUGUUUCCCGCUGCUUAGAGCCGAUUCUACCGACAUUAAGGCUGGCUUUCCCCUGUCAAAACUUACAAACAUGGUGCUGGCUAAUGUUCCCGUUUUCUCCUUGCUAUUUUAUCAAGUUUUUGAGGGUUAGUACUUGGAAGGAUGGGCAUCGUCACAAUGCAUUUGUCGCUGCUAAUCAGUGUGGAGCAUCUGCUCAGUAAUAGAUCUCUAAGCGAUGUGUACAGGUGCCAUGUGGAAUGUUAUAUUUCUUAAAUUCUGUUUUCUGGAGUAAUAUUUUUGAUCACUACACUUUCUUUCCUAAUAACUGUGUUUGUUAACUUUUGUUUUGUUUUCAAGAGUAUAUCUGCGUAAGGCACUGCCAGGCAGCGUUGUACGUUCACUAUUUAUCGCUGCUUCAGACUGCCGCGUGUUUCUCGAAGGGCUGUUUCACAUAACGUAGAACCUAGCAAUUUUCAGGAUGCGAAUUCGCUCGCAACGAAAAAAAAAAAAGAAACGGCCGCUCUCUCUCGCCGAAACUGUCAGUGGCGAGGGACCAAAAUGUUGGAAAUUUUGUUCUGUUCGCAGUGGUGGAACGCUUUCUUGGUCGGGACCCGUCGAAUUUUGACCGAGCCGGCUGAGCCGUCAAAACUACGCUGAUUAGUUUGUUUUGGUUGUGGGUGCUGGUGCGCACUUUAAAGAGAAUUUAGAUUUGAAAGUGUUUUAAAUGACAAAAACGGACGGGCUCUUCGCCACCGUUAAUGGAAACUGGAUAAUAUCAAAGCGUUCAGAUUUUGAGAUUACAUUUGCAAAUUUAUGCCGUGUCUGUCACAAAGAACGGCAGCAAGAUAACUUGUUCGCCGUGCCUGUCGCAGAGCGAAAAUCGCAGACCAUUGGACGCCCGUGUGAACCGGACCCUUCAUGAGUGGCAGUUGCGAAGAGAGCGAACGGAGAAAUCUUCUUUCGCUGCAAUCGCGGCAUGUGAAACAGCCUUAAAAAAUCACGUUACACGAGACCAUUGUGUACUUACUAGCUGUUGGAGUCUGUAGUUUUAAGGAGAUGCAUUGACUUAGACCGGUGCCUCGUGGACCCGUCUUACAUUACGUCAUUGGUGUGAAAGCAAACGGUGUGCUAUUUGUUAAGGGACCAGUCUCUUUUGUAUUCUGUUUCAGCAGUGAUUUUUGGCACGCCGCUUUCUGUAUGCUGAAUAAAAUUAAUGUUUCUUAAGUUA